GUGUCUGGUGCGGCAGGUGUCACGGGGCGACCUGCGGGUUCCGCAAGAUCUGAAGGAGGAUGCCAGGACAGCUCGAACGCCAGGAAACGGAACUGUUGACAUUCAGUGAUGUUGCCAUAGACUUCUCUCCAGAGGAGUGGGAAUACCUGGACACUGCUCAGCAGAAUUUGUACAGGGAUGUGAUGUUGGAGACCUACAGAAACCUGGUGUCUCUCGGACUACAUAUUAACGGAAAUAAUAACCAGUCUUUUGAAAGCCCUGGAGAGACUCAGGACUUUGGAUAUAGGAUUGCAUUAAGUGUUCAGUCAAAUAUUUCUGAAGACCAGAGAUUUGGAAUUCAAGAGAAUAUUUCUGAAUCUGACCAAGUUGAUGAGCCCUUCAUUAAAACUGUAUUCUUUCACAAACCAAUAGUACCAUUACAUACGAAAACCAACAACUAUGAUCAGUAUGGUAAGGUAUUUACCCAGUCAUCAUUCAUUAAUCAAUCUCAGGGAAUAGAUAAUUCGAAAAAACAUGACAUAUCUAGUAAAACUUUGAUGUCCUUUAUCCAGAACUCUACUUUAAAUAAUUACCAGGGUAUGCAUGUUGACAAGAGAACAUAUCAAAGCAGUAAACCUGAAGAAACCAUGAACCAAGUCUCAUUCUCUAGUAAAUAUAAGAAAGCUCAAUGUUCAGAGAUCCAGUACAAAUCUAAUAAAUAUGAGAAAGUCUGUCACCAACGUUUCAAGGUUAUUAGCCAUGAGGAUACCCAUAUUCAGGACUAUUCCUACAAAUGUAAUGAACGUGUAGAAGCUUUUGCCCAGUCAGGAAAACAUUCUCAAAAUCAGGGAAUUGGUUUUGGAGAAAAUUCAUACAGACAUUAUAAAGGUGUGAAAGUCUUUAAUCAGUCAUCCAAUGUAAGAACACAAAAUACAAUUGAUACUGAAGAAAACCUCUACAAAUCUAAAGAAUAUGGCAAAACCAUAAGCCAGAGUCCACAGCUUAAAUAUGACAAAAGUUGUACUGAGGAGAAAUCCUACAAAUGUAAAGAAUGUGGCAAAGCCUUUCCUCAGUUUUCAGUUCUUCAGGAACACCAAAUAAUGCAUACUAGAGAACAGUCUUACAAAUCGAAAGAAUGUGGCACAGUUUUUACCCACUCCUCAAACCUUGGGAUACAUCAGGUGGUUCAUACGGAAGAAAAACCCCACAAGUGUAAAAAUUGUGAUAAUUCCUUCAACUGUCAUUCAGACCUUCCUAUCCAUGAGACAAUACAUACUGGAGAGAAACCUUACAAAUGUAAAGAAUGCGGCAAAGUCUUUGCUCAGAAUUCAAGUCUUAGACGACAUCAGAAAAUUCAUACUGGAGAAAAACCAUACAAAUGUGAAGAAUGUGGCAAAGCCUUUAACCAGUCAACAAGCCUUAGAAAACAUCAAGCAGUCCAUACUGGAGCAAAGCCCUACAAAUGUAAAGAAUGUGGCAAAGCCUUUGCUCAGAAUUCAAGUCUUAGACGGCAUGAGAAAAUUCAUACUGGGGAAAAACCGUACAAAUGUGAAGAAUGUGGCAAAGCCUUUAAUGUGUCAGCAAGCCUUAGAAAACAUCAGGUAAUUCAUACUGGAGAGAAACCCUACAGAUGUAAAGAAUGUGGCAAAGCCUUUACUGAGUUUUCAGUUCUUCAGGAACACCAAAUAAUCCAUACUAUAGAACAGUCCUACAAAUCAGAAGAAUGUGGCAAAGCUUACACCAACUCAGCAAGCCUUGGGAUACAUCAGGUGGUUCAUACGGAAUUAAAACCCCACAAAUGUAAAAAUUGUGGUAAGUCCUUCAACUAUCGUUCACGACUUACUAGCCAUGAGAAAAUUCAUACUGGAGUGAAACCUUACAAAUGUAAAGAAUGCAGCAAAGCCUUUACUCGGAUUUCAAGUCUUAGAAUUCAUCAGACAAUUCAUACUGGAGAGAAACCUUACAAAUGUAAAGAAUGUGGCAAAGCCUUUACUCGGUUUUCAAGUCUUACAAUGCAUCAGAAAAUUCAUACUGGAGAGAAAACUUACAAAUAUAAAGAAUUCGCCAAAGCCUUUACUGGGUUUGCAAGUCUUAGACUGUAUCAAAAAAUUCAUACUGGAGAAAAUCUCCAGAAAUGUGAAGAAUGUGGCAAAGCCUUUACCUUGUCAGCAAGCCUUAGAAGACAUUUGGUAAUUCAUACUGGAGAGAAACCGUACAAAUGUAAAGAAUGUGAUAAAUCCUUUACUCAGAGUUCCCAACUUACUGAACAUCAGAGAACUCAUACUGGAGAAAAACCCUACAAAUGUAAGGAAUGUGGCAAAGCCUUUCAAUCGUUAGGAAGCCUUAGAAGACAUCAGGCAGUUCAUACUGGAAAGAUGCCCUACAAAUGCAAAGAAUGUGGCAAAGCGUUUAUUCAGGUUUCACAUCUUAGGCAACAUCAGAUGAUUCACAGUGGAGAGAAACCUUACAAAUGUAAUGAAUGUGGUAAAUCCUUUAGACAGAUUUCACACUUUACUCAACAUCAGAGAAUUCAUACCGGAGAGAAACCCUACACAUGUAAAGAAUGUGGAAAAGCCUUUACAUGGUCGGCAAACCUUAGAAUACACCAGGCAGUUCAUACUGUAGACAAGCCCUACAAAUGCAUAGAAUGUGGCAAAGCCUUUACUCAGGCUUCAAGUCUUAGGCAACAUCAGAUGAUUCACAGUGGAGAGAAACCCUACAAAUGUAAUGAAUGUGGUAAAUCCUUUAGAUGUAGUGCAUACCUUACUCAACAUCAGGGAAUUCAUACUGGAGAAAAACCCUACAAAUGUAAAGAAUGUAGCAAAGCCUUUACAUGGGCGACAAACCUUAGAAUACAUCAGGCAGUUCAUACUGGAGACAAGCCCUACAAAUGCAUAGAAUGUGGCAAAGCGUUUACUCGGGCUUCAAGUCUUAGGCAACAUCAGAUGAUUCACAGUGGAGAGAAACUCUACAAAUAUAAUGAAUAUGGUAAAUCCUUUAGAUGUAGUGCAUACCUUACUUAACAUGAGGGAAUUCAUACUGGAGAAAAACCCUACAAAUGUGAGGAAUGUGGAAAAGCCUUUUCUCAGUCAGGAGGCCUUAGAUGACAUGAGGUAAUUCAUACUGGAAAGAAGCCUUGCAAAUGCAAAGAAUGUGGCCAAGCGUUUACUAAUCUUUCACCUCUUAGAAGACAUCACAGAAUUCACACUGUAGAGAAACCCUACAAAUGUAAUUAAUCUGGUAAAUCCUUUACCCGUAGUUCACUACUUAACAUCAGAGAAUUCAUACUAGAGAAAAAUCCUAAAAAUGCGAAGAAUGUGGCAAAGCAUUUAAGUGUAAAUCAUACCUUACUCAACAUCAGAGAAUUCAUAACACCAAACUGUGUAGAUAUAAUACAUGUGAGAAGAAUUUUAAUCUAAAUACACAAAUUAGAAUUUACCAGAGUGUCCAUAGGAAAAGAAAUUUUACAGGUGCAAUAAAUGUGUAGAAGUAUUUAAUCAAAAUUUACAUCUAACUACCUCAGUGGAUUCACACAGGUAAAAACUAAAGCACACUUUGAGAUUUUACACUAACUCACAGUAUUGUAGAGAAUGUGAAGUUGAAGCAGUUAGAUAAUUUAUCUGCUCAUGUUGUUCAAAAGAACAGGAACAUUCAUGUUUGGACAGGUAUAGUUAUAAUCAAUGGGUAACUUGCAUUGAUCAUAUUUGAAAUUUUUCAAAAGCAAAUAUUGAUGUAGUUCAGUUUUCAAAUCAGUUUAUGUUAUCCUUUCAUUCUUAAUGUCUAUAUAAAAUAUGUAUUCUGUUGUUUCUACAUCAGAGUUGUGAGAGGCUAUUCAAUAUUAGGCUAAUUUUAUUAACACCAAUUUUCCAUAAAUGUUUAAUGGCAAAUGUAAAGUACAUUAAGAAAAUCUAAAGAGGUUUUUUGUGUGUUUGAAUCAUAAAACAAUAAUCCAUGUAAAUACACACUAUGUAAUCAGGAGUUUUAUACUGUAUUAAACUAACAAACUAUAAGUUUUCAAAUUAUCGGUGGUUAAAAACUAAAGGAAACCAAACUUUCAAAAGAAAUUAAGUUACCAAUUGCUUCUUAAGUAUGAAAAAUCUGGCCAGGUCGUUAAAAUACUGACGUAUCUUCAUAGUACAAUAAAAUAGAAGUCUUGAAUAUUAUUUGAUGUGAUAAGAGACAUGGAAAUCUUGAAUGGUAUUUGAUGUAAUAGAAAUAAAAACAUCUUCAGAGAUAUUUUAAAACGUGAAGAUGUCUCCUAUCUGAGACGCUGUAUAUGUGCUCAAUUCGAUGUGUACUAAGUAAUUGGCAUCGAACUUUAAAUAAAGUUGGCUGGGCGCCGGGGCUCACGCCUGAAUCCUACCACUCUGGGAGGCCAAGGCAUGCGGAUUGCUCGAGGUCAAAAGUUUGACACCA